AAUUGUCAUGCAUUGACAGAUCUGCAUCUGUCAAUGAUAGUGAACUCAAUGUUGAAUCAUUGAUCAAGAACUUGAAGAAUAGAAUCACUCCUCUUCUCAACAGUGUUGAGAUUUUCAAUAUUGUAAGAACAUUCACUCUGACAAAUUCCUUCAGAAUGAUCAAUUCAUAUCAGCCUAUUCUCUGGUAUCUGUUGUUCAACUUCAUGAUGCAGAUGAAAGAUAUUCAUGUUUUUAGAAACAGGAACAUGAAUGUUAUACUCUUUUACACUCACAGGU